AUGACAGAUAAGGUCCCCUCAGGUUCUCACUCUGGCUCCGUCUCGGGCUCCGUCUCGGGCCCGCGCGACGUGGAAUUCGGUAAGGGUCGCUCCGCCAGGUUCGCCUCCAUCUUCGGCGGCUCAGGCGUCACGGUCGGCCCUCGCAUCUGCGGCAUUCCCGAUUACCUUAAGGAUGAGGUGUCCGAGAGCGAGGGCGAGUCCAGCGAGGCCAUCCUCAACCGCCAGCUUGCCUCGGAAGACGGCGCCGCCAUCCAGUACCGCACAUGCUCGUGGCAAAAGACGGCCGCCCUCCUCUUCAGCGAGUACAUUUGCCUGGCCAUCAUGAGCUUCCCUUGGUCCUACAGCUAUCUCGGCCUUGUGCCGGGCUUGAUCCUGACAGUUGUCGUCGCCGCAAUCGUCCUGUACACGAGUCUUGUGCUGUGGGAAUUCUGCCUGCGCCACCCCGAAGUUCGCGAUGUUUGUGAUCUCGGCCAGACGCUGUUCUGGGGCAAGGAAUGGGCUUGGUGGGGAACCGCAGUCAUGUUCGUCCUCAACAACACGUUUAUCCAGGCAUUGCAUGUCCUGGUCGGGGCAGAAUACCUCAACACCAUGACGGACAAGACGGCCAUAGGUGGUUGUCGCACCGUCGAGUUUUCCGUCGUCAUCAUCGUCGUUUGCUGGCUCGCGUCGCUCCCGCGGACGUUUAGCAUGAUGUCCAAGCUCGGCACUGCCUCUGCUUUCUUCACCUUGAUCAGUGUCGUGCUGGCCACGGCAUUUGCAGGCGUCCAGACCAAGCCGGCCGGCUACUCGCCCGACAAGGGUGAGCCCAUUGUCACGGCCGUGCCUGUGGCGAGCACCACCUUUGUGCAAGGCAUGGCGGCGUUUCUGAACAUCAGCUAUACUUUCAUCGGACAGAUUACUCUGCCGAGCUUCAUUGCCGAGAUGCGAGAUCCCCGUGAGUUCCCCAAGUCCCUCUGGGCGUGUACAGUCGCCGAAGUCAUCGUCUUUAGCGUCGUCGGCGCUGUCAUCUAUGCCUACAGCGGCAACCAGUACGUCAAGGCGCCAGCGUUCGGAUCUCUCGACGAACUGUACAAGAAGGUCUCCUUUUCGUUCAUGAUUCCGACAAUCAUCUUCUUGGGAUGUUUGUACGCUUCUGUCACGGCGCGGUUCGUCUUCUUCCGCCUCUUCAGAAACUCUAAACACCUGAGCGACCACACCGUCAUUGGCUGGGGCUCCUGGGCGGCCAUCCUGCUCACCACAUGGAUAUUUGCCUUCAUCAUUUCCCAGGUCAUUCCCUUCUUUUCAUCUCUCCUCUCCGUGAUGAGCUCCCUCUUUGACAGCUGGUUCGGCUUCAUCUUCUGGGGCGUGGCCUACUUCCGCAUGCGCAGUGCCGACAAGACCGUCGGGCGGAAGCGCAACCCCAUCGGCGACUGUCUCUCCAUGGGCCUCAAUGCCAUCAUCAUCGUGACGGGCUUCUUCUUCCUGACUGUGGGGACGUAUGCUUGUGUCCAGGGGAUCAUUGACUCGUUUGACGCCGGCGAGGUGGGUGGUGUGUUUAGUUGUAAGAGCAAUGGUUUGUAG